AGAGCGAGGUUAUGCCAUUACAGAGGGAGAGAACAUAUGUGCUGCUGCUUCUUCUUCUUUUGCUGCUCAGAAGAAAGAGAAGGAAACAGAAAAGGACUAUAUCCCUUCGAGGCAUACUUCAAAGCUGGUGGCUUCUCCAAGCAUGGCGAAAUCAUGUGAAUCGUCAAUGCUUUCAUGCCGUAUUGGGAGGUUGAAAUUAAGGAACGCAAAAAGACAAUCGUCACAUUCAAAAUGUAGACCUACCUCUAAACAUUGCAUUGGCUAAGACUAGUCAUGACCUCAAUUGAUAGCUUGUUCUGCUCAAACCCAAGCGAUUGAAAAUCUUACUAAUGAAGAUUGGAUACAUGUUGAAUGGUUGGUUAUUUUUCACCUUGGCAGCAAAUGUUCAGCUUUGGAAAACCAAUGCGCAUAUCAUGAGUGUGUAAAUGCACGAAGGAUUUGGAUGCACAUUUCUAGUUGUCAAAGUGUUCAUUGUCUCGUUACCCUUUGCCAGCCGCUGAGGAAAUUGUGGGGGCACUAUUGUCAUUGUAGCGAGGAUGCGUGAUUUGUUUGUUUUUGGACUCGCGUGAUUACAUUUGAACAGAAGCCAUCUUUGAACCGGCCAUCAAAUUCAGGGAAGGUGGAUUUGAUAAGUAGGGAAGAGGCUAUGAGCUCAGAGCUUUUGGAGGAUGUGCAACACCCACUGAAAAGAAUGAGGGUUGAGCAAUCUGAAAGUGCAAUACCCUCUUUCACCAAUGAAGAUUGCACCAAUGAAGUGCAAUACCCAAUAUCAGAGGUUUGUGAUAUUGAGAAAGCAAAAACAGGUGUUCAAAUCAAAGAGCCUGGUUUUGUUGAUGUUGGGAGUUCCCGACCUUUUUGUCAUGAGAGUCAAGGGAACAAACUGGAAAAUGGUAUGGAGCACACUUCUCAGGUGAAAGGUGAUAUUUCUUUCACUUCCUCAGGUGGGUUGUCAUCCCAAGCCACCAAUGAAGAUUGCACUGAAAGAAACGAGUGCCAAACGGAAAUAAACUAGGAAUCUGUUGUCUUACAAGCUGAUCAUGGAGCAGGAACUAUGCAUGGGACACAGCAGCUAAGAGGUGCUUCUUUGCUUGAGUAUUUCAUUCCAGAGCAAGUUAGAACUCACAUCAACUCUCUUAGGCAGUUUGUGGGUCCGACUAAAUCGAAGGCAGAACAAUGUCAAGAAAUGCAGAAUUCUUCUAAUCAAAGUCGUUGCCAGUUGUGCUGUAUGGAGCACCUUUCUUUUGCACUUGCGGUAUAUUGUAAUUUAUGUAAUCUCCAUGUCAAGAGAGAAGCUAUAUAUUAUACCACAAGCAAUGGGGGCAAACAAUCUUAUAUUUGUCCUAGAUGCUUCCGUGGAGCAUGCGGUGAGAGCAUCGAAGUUGAAGGAUUUCAGGUUUUCAAGUCUAAUUUUGUUGAGAAAACGAACAUUGAUGAACUUAAUGAAGAGUGGGUUCAAUGCAGUGGAUGUGGAUCUUGGAACCAUCAGAUAUGUGCGCUAUUUAAUAAAAGAAGUUAUUCUGGGCAGACUGAAUAUGCUUGUCCCUAUUGUUUUUUAAAGGAGGUUGAGGGAGGAAAACAAAACCCUCUACCUCAAAGUGAC